UUUCCAAUGAAAUAAAUGCGUCAUUAUCAUUGCAAUGGCGCCGCAUAUAAAACUGUGAUCUGUGGAAAGAAAUUCAUGAGCCCCAUGCCUUGGACAUCAGAGGCUCUCAUUGUUGGCCAUAUAGACAAUGACCGAAGACUCCGAUUCGAUAUCUGAGGAAGAACGUAGUUUGUUCCGUCCUUUCACUCGUGAAUCAUUACAAGCUAUUGAAGCACGCAUUGCCGAUGAAGAAGCCAAACAGCGAGAAUUGGAAAGAAAACGAGCCGAGGGGGAGAGUGAUUUUGGUCGGAAGAAAAAGAAAAAAGAAAUACGCUACGAUGACGAGGAUGAGGAUGAAGGUCCCCAGCCGGACCCUACACUUGAACAGGGUGUACCUGUCCCAGUUCGAAUGCAGGGCAGCUUCCCUCCGGAGUUGGCCUCCACGCCUCUCGAGGAUAUCGACGGUUUUUAUUCGAAUCAAAGGACAUUCGUAGUGAUUAGUAAAGGAAAAGAUAUUUUUCGUUUCUCCGCCACCAAUGCAUUAUACGUACUUGAUCCGUUUAACCCUAUACGUCGCGUAGCUAUUUAUAUUUUAGUACAUCCACUGUUUUCACUUUUUAUAAUAACGACCAUUCUUGUUAAUUGUAUAUUGAUGAUUAUGCCUACCACGCCGACAGUCGAAUCUACCGAGGUGAUAUUCACCGGCAUCUACACGUUCGAAUCAGCUGUAAAAGUGAUGGCGCGAGGUUUCAUAUUACAACCGUUUACUUAUCUUAGAGAUGCAUGGAAUUGGUUGGACUUCGUAGUAAUAGCAUUAGCAUAUGUAACUAUGGGUAUAGAUCUGGGUAAUCUCGCUGCGUUGAGAACAUUCAGGGUAUUACGAGCUCUCAAAACAGUAGCCAUCGUUCCGGGUUUAAAAACCAUCGUCGGAGCUGUCAUAGAAUCCGUAAAGAAUCUCAGAGAUGUGAUAAUUUUAACAAUGUUUUCGUUAUCCGUGUUUGCUUUAAUGGGUCUACAAAUCUACAUGGGAGUACUAACACAAAAAUGCAUAAAAGAGUUCCCAAUGGACGGUUCAUGGGGCAAUCUUACACAUGAAAGCUGGGAGCUGUUCAACAGCAAUGACACGAAUUGGUUCUAUUCCGAAAGCGGUGACAUUCCACUUUGUGGUAAUUCAUCUGGAGCUGGGCAAUGUGAUGAAGGUUACAUUUGUUUACAAGGUUACGGCAAAAAUCCAAAUUACGGGUAUACAAGUUUUGAUACAUUCGGAUGGGCAUUCUUGUCUGCCUUUCGUCUAAUGACUCAAGAUUAUUGGGAGAAUUUAUAUCAACUGGUGUUACGAUCAGCUGGACCGUGGCACAUGCUCUUCUUCAUUGUGAUUAUCUUCUUGGGUUCGUUUUACCUUGUAAAUUUAAUCUUGGCCAUUGUUGCCAUGUCGUACGACGAACUCCAGAAGAAGGCCGAAGAGGAAGAGGCCGCCGAGGAAGAAGCACUUCGGGAAGCAGAAGAAGCUGCAGCAGCAAAGGCAGCUAAACUUGAAGCACAACAAGCAGCUGCGGCGGCGGCGGCCAAUCCAGAGAUCGCAAAAAGCCCAUCGGAUUUCUCCUGUCACAGCUAUGAGUUGUUCGUCGGACAGGAGAAGGGCAACGAUGAUAACAAUAAGGAAAAGAUGUCCAUCAGAAGCGAAGGAUUGGAGUCGGUGAGCGAAAUCACAAGAACAACCGCACCAACAGCUACUGCAGCUGGCACUGCAAAAGCCCGUAAAGUGAGCGCGGCUUCACUUUCAUUACCCGGUUCACCAUUUAAUCUUCGUAGAGGAUCUAGAGGAUCACAUCAGUUCACGAUACGUAACGGUAGAGGACGUUUCGUUGGUGUACCUGGUAGCGAUAGAAAACCAUUGGUACUCUCAACAUAUCUCGAUGCACAAGAACAUUUGCCGUACGCCGAUGAUUCCAACGCGGUUACGCCGAUGUCGGAGGAAAAUGGUGCAAUCAUCGUUCCAGUAUACUAUGCUAAUUUAGGUUCAAGGCAUUCGUCGUAUACUUCACACCAAUCGCGUAUUUCGUACACAUCCCAUGGUGAUCUGCUCGGUGGCAUGACAAAAGAAAGCCGUCUCCGGAAUCGAUCAGCGCGCAACACUAAUCAUUCAAUUGUGCCCCCUCCGAAUGCUACUAAUUUAUCUUACGCCGAUACCAACCACAAAGGACAGCGAGAUUUCGACAUGACACAGGACUGCACGGACGAUGCUGGCAAAAUAAAACACAACGACAAUCCUUUCAUAGAACCUGCUCAAACCCAAACCGUGGUAGAUAUGAAAGACGUGAUGGUGUUGAACGACAUUAUUGAGCAAGCUGCUGGUCGGCACAGUAGAACUAGUGAUCACGGAGUCUCUGUUUAUUACUUCCCCACAGAGGACGACGACGAAGACGGCCCAACGUUCAAGGACAAAGCCAUCGAGUUCCUGAUGAAGAUGAUCGACAUUUUCUGCGUUUGGGACUGUUGCUGGGUUUGGCUUAAAUUUCAGGAAGGUGUUGCUUUUAUUGUGUUCGACCCAUUUGUGGAGCUGUUCAUUACGCUCUGCAUUGUAGUAAAUACAUUAUUCAUGGCGUUAGAUCAUCAUGAUAUGGAUCCAGACAUGGAAAAGGCUCUGAAAAGUGGCAACUACUUCUUUACAGCGACAUUUGCCAUCGAAGCAACAAUGAAGCUAAUUGCCAUGAGUCCCAAGUACUACUUUCAAGAGGGUUGGAAUAUCUUCGAUUUUAUUAUUGUAGCACUGUCCCUGCUAGAGUUGGGGCUUGAGGGUGUUCAAGGAUUGUCAGUAUUACGCUCAUUCCGUUUGCUAAGAGUGUUCAAACUGGCAAAAUCCUGGCCUACACUAAAUCUUCUUAUUUCCAUCAUGGGCCGCACAGUUGGUGCAUUAGGCAAUUUGACCUUCGUCUUAUGCAUCAUCAUUUUCAUCUUCGCCGUGAUGGGGAUGCAACUUUUUGGCAAGAACUACACAGAUAAUGUGGAUCGAUUCCCGGACCAUGAUCUGCCAAGAUGGAAUUUUACAGAUUUCAUGCACUCCUUCAUGAUUGUGUUCCGUGUGCUGUGCGGUGAAUGGAUCGAAUCCAUGUGGGACUGUAUGCUUGUCGGCGAUGUGUCUUGCAUACCCUUUUUCCUAGCUACAGUAGUGAUAGGAAAUUUAGUCGUUCUUAACCUUUUCUUAGCUUUGCUUUUGUCGAAUUUCGGUUCCUCAUCGCUCUCCGCACCGACGGCUGACAACGAGACCAACAAGAUUGCUGAAGCGUUUAACAGAAUAUCUCGCUUUUCUAACUGGAUCAAGAUGAACGUAGCGAACGCUCUCAAGUUUGUGAAAAAUAAAUUAACAAGUCAGAUUGCAUCCGUACAGCCGACAGGCAAAGGAGUAUGUCCAUGUAUAUCUGCAGAGCAUGGUGAAAAUGAGCUGGAACUCACUCCAGAUGACAUACUGGCCGAUGGACUGCUGAAGAAAGGAAUCAAGGAGCACAACCAGCUGGAAGUAGCGAUAGGAGAUGGCAUGGAAUUCACCAUCCAUGGUGAUUUAAAGAACAAAGCAAAGAAGAAUAAGCAGAUCAUGAAUAACUCAAAGGUGAUAGGCAAUUCUAUUAGUAAUCAUCAAGAUAAUAAAUUAGAACAUGAACUGAAUCAUAGAGGCGUGUCCUUGCAGGACGAUGAUACUGCCAGUAUCAAAUCUUAUGGCAGUCACAAAAAUCGCCCAUUCAAGGACGAAAGCCACAAAGGCAGCGCCGAAACGAUGGAGGGCGAAGAAAAACGUGAUGCCAGCAAGGAGGAUCUAGGAAUUGACGAAGAACUCGACGACGAAGGCGAAGGUGAAGAAGGACCGCUGGAUGGUGAGCUUAUCAUUCACGCCGAAGAAGAUGAAGUGAUCGAAGAUUCGCCGGCUGACUGUUGUCCGGAUAAUUGCUACAAAAAGUUUCCGGUUCUCGCUGGAGACGACGAUGCACCAUUCUGGCAGGGAUGGGGAAACUUACGUCUCAAAACAUUCCAGUUGAUUGAGAACAAAUAUUUCGAGACUGCUGUAAUUACUAUGAUUUUGCUUAGUAGCUUAGCUUUGGCACUCGAAGAUGUACAUCUUCCACAGCGCCCUAUCCUUCAAGAUAUCCUUUAUUAUAUGGACCGAAUAUUCACAGUGAUAUUUUUUUUAGAGAUGUUAAUCAAAUGGUUAGCUUUAGGUUUUAAAGUAUACUUUACGAAUGCUUGGUGUUGGCUUGAUUUUAUUAUCGUAAUGGUAUCUUUAAUAAACUUCGUUGCUUCACUUUGUGGAGCUGGUGGUAUUCAAGCAUUCAAAACCAUGCGAACUCUUAGAGCCCUGAGACCGCUACGUGCCAUGUCCCGUAUGCAGGGAAUGAGGGUCGUCGUGAAUGCAUUGGUUCAGGCUAUACCGUCCAUCUUCAACGUGCUGUUGGUUUGUUUAAUAUUCUGGCUGAUAUUUGCCAUCAUGGGAGUGCAAUUAUUUGCUGGAAAAUACUUCAAGUGUGUGGAUAAGAACAAAACAACAUUACCUCACGAAAUUAUUCCGGAUGUAAAUGCGUGCAGGGCCGAAAACUAUACAUGGGAAAACUCGCCGAUGAACUUCGAUCACGUCGGUAAAGCGUACCUAUGUCUGUUUCAAGUAGCGACAUUCAAAGGAUGGAUACAAAUCAUGAACGAUGCAAUCGAUUCGCGUGAUGUCGGCAAACAGCCUAUACGGGAAACGAACAUCUACAUGUAUCUGUACUUUGUGUUCUUCAUUAUCUUCGGAUCGUUCUUCACAUUGAAUCUAUUCAUUGGUGUGAUUAUUGAUAACUUCAACGAGCAGAAGAAGAAAGCUGGAGGAUCGCUGGAAAUGUUCAUGACGGAGGAUCAGAAAAAGUACUACAAUGCGAUGAAGAAGAUGGGUUCGAAAAAACCUCUCAAGGCAAUCCCACGACCAAGGUGGCGUCCGCAAGCAAUAGUGUUCGAAAUUGUGACCAACAAGAAGUUUGACAUGAUCAUUAUGUUGUUCAUCGGCUUCAACAUGUUAACCAUGACCCUGGAUCACUACAAACAAUCAGAAACGUUUAGUGCGGUGCUGGACUACUUGAACAUGAUAUUCAUUUGCAUUUUCAGCAGUGAAUGUUUGAUGAAGAUUUUCGCCUUACGUUACCAUUACUUUAUCGAGCCGUGGAAUCUGUUCGAUUUCGUUGUGGUCAUUCUAUCAAUUCUAGGUCUUGUCUUGAGUGACAUCAUUGAAAAAUACUUUGUAUCUCCGACACUUCUCCGAGUCGUGCGUGUUGCAAAGGUGGGCCGUGUAUUGCGUUUGGUGAAGGGCGCCAAGGGUAUACGGACACUGCUGUUUGCGUUAGCUAUGUCGCUGCCUGCACUUUUUAACAUUUGCCUGCUACUCUUCUUGGUGAUGUUCAUCUUUGCCAUUUUUGGAAUGUCAUUCUUCAUGCACGUCAAGGAUAAGAGUGGUUUGGACGAUGUGUACAACUUUAAAACUUUCGGCCAGAGCAUGAUAUUGCUAUUUCAGAUGUCCACCUCAGCCGGGUGGGAUGGUGUGCUGGACGGUAUCAUCAACGAGGAAGACUGUCUACCGCCGGACAAUGAUAAGGGCUAUCCGGGCAACUGUGGUUCAUCAACGAUUGGCAUAACGUACCUACUGGCGUAUCUAGUAAUAAGUUUUCUUAUCGUCAUCAACAUGUACAUUGCUGUUAUUCUCGAAAACUACUCCCAAGCGACGGAAGACGUGCAGGAGGGCUUAACAGACGAUGACUACGAUAUGUACUACGAGAUAUGGCAGCAGUUCGAUCCCGACGGUACGCAGUACGUCCGAUACGAUCAACUGUCCGACUUUCUGGACGUGCUGGAACCGCCCCUGCAGAUACAUAAACCAAAUCGUUACAAGAUCAUUUCGAUGGAUAUUCCCAUAUGCCGUGGCGAUAUGAUGUUCUGCGUCGACAUUCUGGACGCGUUGACGAAAGACUUUUUCGCUCGGAAAGGAAAUCCCAUUGAAGAGACAGCGGAGCUGGGCGAAGUGCAGCAGCGCCCGGACGAAGUGGGUUACGAACCGGUCUCGUCCACGCUCUGGCGACAGCGCGAGGAGUACUGCGCUCGGCUCAUACAGCAUGCGUGGAAACGGUACAAGCAGCGUCACGGCGGUGGAACCGACGGUUCUGGAGAUGAUCUCGAAAUAGAUGCCUGUGAUAACGGAAACGACGGUGGCAAUGGUAAUGAUAACGAUGGUAGUGGCGGAGCGGCAGUAGGUAGUGGAGAUAAUGGAAGCCAGAUCGCCGGUGGCAGUAUAGGUGGUGGCGGUGGCGGCACCCCUGGUAGUGGUAAAAGUAAAGGAAUUCUCGGCGGAUCUCAGGCUAACAUAGGUGUAAUGGAUCAUAGUCUAUCAUCAAAGGAAUCACCGGAUAGUAACGGCGAUCCGCAAGGCCGUCAGACGGCCGUUCUGGUGGAGAGUGAUGGAUUUGUGACCAAGAACGGUCACCGUGUCGUCAUACACUCACGAUCUCCCAGCAUAACAUCGCGAACGGCGGAUGUCUGAGCCAGGUCUCGCCCCCCUCUCUCGGAUUCAGAUUCCGAAGCACGGCAGAAAUAAUAU